AUGGAUUUCUCAACUUUGAACUUUUCGGACUAUGACUUUAAUUACACCCUGCCUGUACUUCCUGAGAUCUUGACUCCUGAGAUCCAACCCAUCCAGAUUGUGGCCCUUGUCCUGUACGGGCUGGUGACGCUCCUGGGGGUCCCCGGGAACGCCGUGGUGGUGUGGGUGACGGGCUUCUGCAUGCGCCGCUCCGUCACCUCCCUCUGGUUCCUUAACCUGGCGCUGGCGGAUCUGCUCUGCUGCCUCUCCGUCCCUCUCCUCAUGAUCCCCCUGGCCCACGAUGACCACUGGCACUUCGGCCCACUGGCCUGCAAGCUGGUCAAAGGUCUGUUCCACUUGGUGAUGUACUGCAGCAUCCUGCAGCUGGUUCUGAUCAGCGUGGAUCGCGUCAUGCUGGUCACCAAGCCCGUGUGGUGUCAGAACAACAGGCGACCCAGACACGCCGUGUUCGGGUGCGUGGCUGUGUGGGGCGCGGCUCUGAUCGGCAGCCUGCCGCAGUUUAUCUUUGCCAAAGAGUAUGGACGAGGUGAGGUCAAGAGAGAGUGCCAGAUGGGGUACACCAGAACGAAUGUUUGGCCCCUGUACUUCCUGCGCUUCCUGGUGGGAUUCAUGCUCCCCUUCCUGGCCAUCGUCGUAUGCCACAUUCUGGUGUACAGGACCACACAGAAGGGACUCACACGAGGCCGCUCCCGCUCCAAGCGGACCCUGAGGGUCAUCGUGGCCGUGAUACUGAGCUUCUUCCUGUGCUGGCUCCCCCUGCACAUCCUGGACGCCAUCGAUUUGACCACACCCCGGAGCGCCCCCCACGCCCCCAGCGUUUACCACGCGCACGUCCUGGCGCUGUGCCUGGCUUAUUUCAACAGCUGCCUCAACCCGCUGCUCUACGUGUGCCUGGGCCGAGGCUUCAAGGACAGCAUGAGCCGCUCCGUGCGCAACAUCCUCAACUUCAUCAGCGAGGAUCCGAACAGCAGAGCCACCGUCACCAUCACCAACACCAACACCGACACCAAAAGCAGCAACACUGGGAAGGAGAUGACUCAAAUCUAA